AUGUUUUUUCAACCUUCACCGAACAAUUCAGAAAACAAUUCAGGAAACGAGAGUGACUCAUUUAUUCCAUUAGGAAAUUCUCCGUCCUUAGAAAAUUAUGAAACGGCAGGCCCGCCAGAUGUACAAAUUGCGACAGCAGGUCCGUCAGAUAUACAAAUUGCGACAGCAGGUCCGUCAGAUGUACAAAUUGCGAUGGCAGGUCCAUCAGAUGUACAAAUGUCAGAUGUACAAAUUGCGACGGCAGGUCCAUCAGAUGUACAAAUUGCGAUGGCAGGUUCGUUAAGGAAAAGAAUGGAUGAAGAGCCUAUUAGUAAAGAAGCAAAAAAAAUUAAACUAAUAAAAGACACAAUUAUAAUUCUUUUGGAAGAUCAUCUCGAAGUUCAACAAUUUUUGGAAACAAUUUCCGCAAAUGUGUUGAAAAACGGGUUAGUUGCUCUAAAGAGCAUAUACAGCAGUAAUUGCAAGAAAAUAGUUCUUGAUAUAGACGAACAAAAAUUAACUGCCGUACUGCUGUCGGGAUCUCUCUAUGUAAAAUCCACGUUUUACAUGGGAGAAGAAAGUUUCAUAGAGCUAGAAACUAACAGAUUUAGAAAUAAUCCCUAUAUACUUCAGCGAUUACCUACUGAAGUUAAUAGAAAUAAUACAAUAGGCAUUGACCUUUUGUUUAAAGAAAAGACAACAGAUGAUGAAAAUAUAAAGAAAGAAAUAUUAGCUGUUGCCAGGCUAAUAUAUCAUUUGAGGACAGUUCAGGACCGUCUACCGGAAAAUCGUCUAAUGAUGAAACCAGAUUAUAAUAAUAAAAAAUAUAUACAAAAUCUCCAAGAAUACUAUGAUAAUUAUCUUAGUAAAGGAAUGGAGUUCAAUAUCUCCAAAAUAAAAGGAGCUAUUUCUCUUGCGAGAAAUAUUGAACAAGAUCUUAAUUUAAAAAUUGAUUCUCUUAAUAAAAUAGUAGACGAUAGUAACAUGUCUUCCGUCAUGAAAGACAUGCUCACAAUAUUAGAUGAAAUAAAGUCAGAAACUGAAAUACCAGAAUUGUCGAGGCGAAGAAACACAAGAAAAUAUGCUUAUUUUUACGAAUUAUAUAUGAAAAUACUAGAAGUAGUUGCUUCAGAACCAAAGCAAUUUGGAGAGACAAAUGCUUCAAAGGCCAAGAAAAGACUUGAGAAGGAGGAGGAAGAAUCAGGAGAAGAAGAAACCAUACUGGGAACUUUUAUAAAAAGAGCUGAAGAAAAACUAACGCAAAGAUAA